AUGAAGUUCGGCUCGGAGAUGAAUGAUCGCUCCAUCGAGCGUUGGAAAAACUACAAUCUAGAUUACAAUCUUUUGAAGCAUAAUAUCAAGCUUGCUACGACAAGUCAUCCAGAAAGUUCGAGUUCUCUCUCUUCUAGUAACCAAGGCUCGAUCGGCACAAAGUCGGUUGAUUCUUCCGGAAUACAACAACAAGCACAGGCAACUCUUGGUCCGCAUCAAAAGAGAUAUCUGAAGAACCUAUAUUUGGAGUUUAAAAAGCAGAUCCAAUAUGUUUCGCUAUUUGUUAAUUCCAAGUAUGGUGAACUUUCUAGAAGAUCAAUGGCUACUAAGAAACAACUCAACCAGAUGCUAAGUUCCGAAAGUGAGGAUGUAGAUGUGUCAAGUACUGUGUACACAAGGCUCAGGGCACGCAAGUUUUUAACUAUUAGGAGGCAGCUUGAAACUGUAUCCACAGAUUUGCAAGAUCUUUCGAGAUUUAUCCUUUUGCAGAAGAUAGCUAUCAGGAAAUUGUUCAAGAAGUUUUUGAAGCAUUCGACUUACGCAUACAAGCAGGAGUUAAUCGACAAGAUCUCAUCGGAAUGUCUUCAUGGUGACCCAAACUCCUUCGUGAAUCUUGAUCUAACUGAUGCUGCCACCGAGUUGACUCUAAUGUUUGACGUCAUUGACAGUUACUUUUCAGAUGAUGCAUCUUUCAAGAAUGGAACAUCGAUUUCUCCACCUAAACAACUACCACCAUCCUUAGCCAAGCAUGCUCGUGAAACUAGUCUCGAUUUUACACCAAGUUCGUUGAUAUUGCAUUCUCCAGUUAGGAGAAGCUCAUACUUGAGUAUGAGCUCUUCACAGCCAAGAAAUAUUCGACCCUCCCUACUGGAAUCGAGGGUCACUGCUUAUGAUGUUGUGCGGUUGAAAAAGGCACCAGUUUCGAAGCUAUUUUGGGUUCACAAGGAUAACUUAAAUGAAAUCAGGUUUCUUUUGCUUCGCGAGUUUAAGCUCAUAUCUGAUGAUACAGGCAUUACAGGUGCACACGAACAAGACACUGAAACAGAUAAUCAGAUUACCCAUUCGAAGCAUCCAAGUUUCAGAUUGAAGAAAACGGAAUCCUCUUUAAAUUUGGAAGCUGCACGCAGAAAUGAUCUGACAACCAAUUCACAAUUGCGGAGUGAAGAUUUGCAUCACAGACCCGUGCAACCUCAAACGUUAACAACAACAAAUUUGAAUGGAAAUGAAGAUGAUUUAGAAACCUUUCAUCCUUCCACAGCUGUAAUAUCAUAUUGGUUAGCAAAUGUGAGCUCUCCAGUUAUGACAUUAAAAAGAUUCAACAAUGACAACGGAAGAUCAUUCUCCGGAACUACGGCUGUAUCGAGCUCUUUUACAUCACCUGAGGCUUUGGAUGAUACUGAUGUAUACCCUUCUGAUGUUUCUCCAGAGGUGUAUUACCCAGAUGCUUCAAAACAGCAGAUUCCUCUUUUGAUGGCACCGGUUGGUGGACUACGCCAAUUCACCCUAGCAAGUAUGAACAGUUCUGUUUUAUUGGAACUUUUUUCGAGAAAAGUCAGAAAGGAGCAAUUGGUUAACGAUUGGUUAAAUGCUGAUUUGAUUGGAAAUCCAAAAAUGGCACAGCUCACACUUGAUUGGUGCUACGAUAAAAGUGUACUCCCAGCGGCAAAAGUGAAAUUCAAUCGGAUGAGAUUCAUAAAACUUGAUGCCGACAACGAAAUCGAGUGCUACAUAACAUUGGACAGCGAUAUAAAGAGUGUUCCAUUGAAAAAUGGCAUUACAAAAUGUGAUAACACAUGGACUACGGAGGAUGAAAAAAACGCCGACAGAUUUCCACAUUCAAUUUUAGAGGUUCGCUACGACUCGCCAUUAAGAAGACUGUCGUCAAAUGUUCGGGAGUUGAUGCACUCCCACUUGGUUUAUCGUGUGGAUGGCGUCCAGUUCAGUCUAAACAAUUACCUAUAUGCAAAAUAUUACAUGGAUUCUGUUCCCGAUGACUUGACAUUGAGCUUCAUUGCACCAUGGUUUAACAUUCUUCAAAGUAGGGACAUAAGAAAACUUCCCUCUUUACAUAAGAAGUCAAGCAACAACUCAAUCCACGGAAUAUUAUUGAACAAGGACGAUGCCCAACUAAAUGCCCCAAAACAGGUGCAACAUGGCGAGGGCUAUUGGAAUGAGUUUGAUUAUGGCUCUGAUUUGGAGGAUAAGGAUGAUGCCUUUUAUGUGUAUGAUGAUUCAGAGAAUCCACAGUCUGAUCGUCGUGGAAAUGGAUUUACGGUUGGGUUAAACUUUUUAACUCCUGAUAAAAUCGAAUCCAUUUUACAGUUUGCAAACAAAGUGACAAGUGCAUUUGGUCGUCUGAGACACUUUGGUUUUGACCGUAAUCGGGAUAAUCAAGAUGCAGACAUUGAGCGCAAUCAGAUUGUGACAAAUCAAAAUUUUGCUGGCUAUGACUCAACACGCAGCACACACACUUCACACUCUGGCUCUUACUCAGAAUCCGAAACAGAAACAGAUUACCUGACAUCCGAGAAUGAAGAGGCACCUUUGAACAGACGUACAUCAAUUAUUGAGGCCGCAGUUAACACCAACGCUAGUAAGGGAACGUCAUCUUCAUAUAGGCCAAAUGAGUUGGCUAGUCAAGUUGUUCAUGAUAAAGUACUCUCCUGUCUUUAUUUCAUCAUUGCGUUAGUGUCAUAUCUGGUGGAUGGUGCUGGUAUUGGCAUAGUGUAUUCUGUUCUGCGAAACUCAAAUAAAAAUCCAGAUGUUAUAAACAACAAUGGUAUCUUCAUGCUCCUUCUAUUUGGCUUCUUGUGCAUGGGUGCAGCGAUGAUUUUAGACAUUGGAAGUAUUUGCCUUAUGAUGUGCAGAUAUUCAGACCCACCUCAGUCCCAUAUAGUGAUUGUAUGGUCUACGUUUUUCAUUGUUACAACGUUAUUCAUAAUUGGACUAACAUCAUUUUUCUAG